AUGGAGUUGGAAGGGGCCGGCGGCGCCGCGGUGUCUUUAGGGGGCGUCGGUGCUGCACCUGCCCGGCCGCGGGGACGAGGGGGCGGCCGGGCCGGGAGCGGGGCCCGGCGGCCCCGGGGCCUCUGUGCGUGCCGAGCGCGCUGGUUCUCCGCUGUUUUGGUAAACCAGAUUUUACAGUCGCCAGAUCCAAGCCUCAUAUGUCUCUCUCUCUCUUUUCCCCACCCUCUAGUGAUAUGCAGCUUCCGAGGAACUGUUCCGCAAGGCUUGGUCCUGGAACUAGGUGAAACUGUCCAGAUCCUGGAGAAAUGUGAAGGUUGGUACAGAGGUGUUUCCAUUAAAAAGCCCAGUGUUAAGGGGAUUUUUCCUGCAAAUUAUAUUCACUUGAAAAAGGCAAUUGUCAGUAACAGAGGGCAAUAUGAAACAGUUGUUCCUCUUGAAGAUUCUGUGGUGACUGAAGUCACAGCGACGCUGCAGGAAUGGGCUGUGCUCUGGAAACAGCUGUAUGUGAAACAUAAGGUAGAUCUGUUCUACAAGCUGCGGCAUGUGAUGAAUGAGCUCAUUGACCUCCGCAGGCAGCUGCUCUCGGGCCACCUGACCCAGGAUCAGGUGCGAGAGGUCAAGAGACACCUCACAGUGAGGCUGGACUGGGGCAAUGAACAUUUGGGCCUUGACUUAGUUCCACGGAAGGACUUUGAGGUUGUGGAUUCAGAUCAGAUCAGUGUUUCAGACCUCUAUAAAAUGCAUUUGUCAAGUAGACACAGUGUCCAGCAGAGCACAUCACAGGUGGACACGAUCCGUCAGCGGCAUGGGGAAGCCUGUCGGAUGCCAGUGCCUCAUCACUUCUUCCUCAGCCUGAAGAGCUUCACCUACAACACCAUUGGAGAGGACACAGACGUCUUUUUUUCUUUGUACGAUGUCCGGGAAGGCAAACAGAUCAGUGAGAGGUUCAUGGUGAGGUUAAACAAGAACGGGGGCCCCAGGAAUCCGGAGAAGAUCGAUCGCAUGUGUGCACUUUUCACAGAUCUCAGCAGCAAGGACAUGAAGAGGGAUUUGUACAUAGUUGCUCAUGUAAUCCGAAUAGGCCGCAUGUUGCUCAAUGACUCCAAGAAAGGCCCCCCACAUUUGCACUAUCGGCGCCCCUACGGCUGCGCAGUGCUGAGCAUCAUGGAUGUGCUCCAGUCCAUCUCUGAAAUCAAGGAAGAGAAGGACUUUGUGCUCAAAGUUUACACGUGUAACAAUGAAAACGAAUGGUGCCAGAUCCAUGAAAAUAUCAUCCGCAAGUCCAGCACCAAAUACACAGCCCCCAGCUCCAACUAUGGACUUAUAAUAUCUCUUCAGCUCCUUCGUGGUGACAUGGAGCAGAUCCGAAGGGAAAACCCCAUGAUCUUUAACAGAGGCGUUUCUGUCACCAGGAAGCUGGGAUUUCCUGAUGUCAUAAUGCCAGGUGACAUCCGGAAUGACCUGUACCUGACCCUGGAGAAAGGGGACUUUGAAAGGGGUGGCAAAAGUGUGCAGAAGAACAUCGAGGUGACCAUGUACGUGCUCUAUGCCGAUGGAGAAAUCCUGAAGGACUGCAUCAGCCUGGGCUCGGGGGAGCCGAGCAGGAGCGCCUACCACUCCUUCGUGCUGUACCACAACAACAGCCCGCGCUGGGGGGAGAUCAUCAAACUGCCCAUCCCCAUCGACCGCUUCCGCGGCUCCCACCUGCGCUUCGAGUUCCGCCACUGCUCCACAAAGGACAAGGGAGAAAAGAAGCUCUUUGGUUUUGCAUUCACCCCAUUGAUGAGAGAUGAUGGCACGACCUUGUCGGAUGAUAUCCAUGAGCUUUAUGUUUAUAAGUGUGAUGAGAACAGCACGUUCAACAACCACGCGCUGUACCUGGGGCUGCCCUGCUGCAAGGAGGAUUACAACGGCUGCCCCAACAUCCCCUCCAGCCUCAUCUUCCAGCGCAGCACCAAAGAGACCUUCUCAGUCUCCACACAGCUCUCUUCUACCAAACUGACCCAGAAUGUGGAUCUGCUUGCCCUGCUCAAAUGGAAAGCUUACCCAGAUCGAGUGAUGGAUAUUCUGGGAAGACUGAGACAUGUCAGUGGCGAGGAGAUUGUUAAGUUCUUACAAGAUAUUCUGGACACGUUGUUUGUAGUUUUGGAUGACAACACAGAGAAGUACGGUCUGUUGGUCUUUCAGUCUCUGGUGUUCAUCAUCAACCUGCUCCGUGACAGCAAGUACUUCCACUUCCGCCCCGUGAUGGACACCUACAUCCAGAAGCACUUUGCAGGAGCUCUGGCUUACAAGGAGCUGAUCCGGUGUCUGAAGUGGUACAUGGACCGCUCGGCCGAGCUCGUGCGCCAGGACCACAUCCAGGAGGCAAUGAGAGCCUUGGAAUAUCUUUUCAAGUUCAUUGUCCAAUCUCGGAUCCUUUACUCCAGAGCUACUUGUGGAAUGGAGGAGGAGCAGUUCCGCUCCAGCAUCCAGGAGCUUUUCCAGUCCAUCAGAUUUGUGCUCAGCUUGGACAGCAGGAGUUCUGAGACUCUCAUCUUCACACAGGCUGCCCUGCUGAACUCCUUCCCUGCCAUCUUUGACGAGCUGCUGCAGAUGUUCACGGUGCAGGAGGUGGCGGAGUUUGUGCGGGGCACGCUGGGCAGCAUGCCCAGCACGGUGCACAUCGGCCAGUCCAUGGACGUGGUGAAGCUCCAGUCCAUCGCCCGCACGGUCGACAGCCGCCUCUUCUCCUUCUCAGAGUCCCGGCGCAUCCUGCUGCCUGUAGUCCUUCACCACAUUCACCUUCACCUACGACAGCAGAAGGAGCUGCUUAUCUGCUCUGGGAUUCUCAGUAGUAUCUUCUCCAUAAUCAAGACCAGUUCUUUGGAGGGAGAUGUCGUGGAGGAGGUUGAGAUGAUGGUGGAGAGCCUCCUGGACGUGCUGUUACAAACUCUGCUCACAAUCAUGAGUAAAUCGCAGUCUCAGGAGGCGGUAAGAGGGCAGCGCUGCCCGCAGUGCACAGCAGAAAUCACUGGAGAAUAUGUCUCCUGCCUUUUAUCUUUGCUUCGUCAGAUGUCAGACACUCACUUCCAGCACUUACUGGACAACUUCCAAAGCAAGGAUGAACUGAAGGAGUUCCUCCUGAAGAUUUUCUGUGUGUUUCGGAACCUGAUGAAGAUGAGUGUCUUUCCUCGAGACUGGAUGGUGAUGAGGCUGCUCACCAGCAAUAUCAUAGUUACAACAGUUCAGUACUUGUCUUCUGCCCUGCAUAAGAAUUUCACAGAAACGGACUUCGAUUUUAAAGUGUGGAACUCUUAUUUCAGCCUGGCAGUUUUGUUUAUAAACCAGCCGAGUCUCCAACUAGAAAAUGCUACACCACCUAAGAGGAAGAAGAUUCUGGAUAAGUACGGUGAUAUGAGGGUGAUGAUGGCCUAUGAGCUCUUCAGCAUGUGGCAGAACCUGGGGGAGCAUAAGAUUCACUUUAUUCCGGGAAUGAUUGGCCCCUUUCUGGGUGUUACACUUGUUCCACAACCAGAAGUCCGGAAUAUCAUGAUCCCAAUCUUCCAUGACAUGAUGGACUGGGAGCAGAGAAAGAAUGGCAACUUCAAACAGGUGGAAGCCGAGUUGAUCGAUAAGCUGGACAGCCUGGUGUCCGAAGGAAAAGGUGAUGAGAACUACAGGGAACUCUUCAGCCUGCUUUUGCUGGAGAAGAUUGAGCAAGAAACCUGGCGGGAGACUGGGAUCUCUUUUGUCACAUCCGUCACUCGUCUCAUGGAGCGUCUGCUCGACUACAGGGACUGUAUGAAAGGAGAUGAAACAGAAAACAAGAAGAUCGGUUGCACUGUUAACCUUAUGAAUUUCUACAAAUCUGAAAUUAACAAGGAGGAGAUGUACAUCCGCUAUAUCCACAAGCUGUGUGACAUGCACCUGCAGGCUGAGAACUACACAGAGGCUGCAUUCACUUUGCUUUUGUACUGUGAGUUGCUUCAGUGGGAGGACAGACCUCUGAGAGAGUUCCUGCAUUACCCAUCUCAGUCAGAGUGGCAACGUAAGGAAGGUCUGUGCCGUAAGAUUAUCCAUUACUUCAACAAAGGGAAGAGCUGGGAGUUCGGCAUCCCGCUGUGCCGAGAACUGGCCAUCCAGUACGAGAGCCUCUAUGAUUACCAGAGCCUCAGCUGGAUCCGGAAAAUGGAAGCUACCUAUUAUGACAAUAUCAUGGAACAGCAGCGCUUAGAACCAGAGUUUUUCAGAGUUGGUUUCUAUGGUCGAAAAUUCCCAUUUUUCCUGCGGAACAAAGAAUAUGUGUGUCGGGGCCACGAUUAUGAGAGGCUGGAAGCCUUCCAGCAGAGGAUGCUGAGCGAGUUCCCUCAAGCCAUCGCAAUGCAGCACCCAAACCACCCCGAUGACUCCAUAUUGCAGUGUGAUGCCCAGUAUUUACAGAUCUAUGCAGUGACUCCUAUCCCAGACAAUAUAGACGUGCUGCAAAUGGAUCGCAUCCCUGAUCGCAUCAAGAGCUUUUACCGCGUCAACAACAUCCGCAAGUUCCGCUAUGACAGACCCUUCCACAAGGGCCCCAAGGACAAGGAGAAUGAAUUUAAGAGCUUGUGGAUUGAACGCACCACUCUGACCCUGACUCACAGUUUGCCUGGGAUCUCUCGUUGGUUUGAAGUGGAGAGGAGAGAACUGGUUGAAGUAAGUCCUUUGGAAAAUGCCAUUCAAGUGGUUGAGAACAAAAACCAGGAGCUGAGGACACUGAUAAGCCAGUACCAGCAUAAACAAAUGCAUGGCAACAUUAAUCUUCUCAGCAUGUGUCUGAACGGAGUGAUUGAUGCCGCCGUUAACGGGGGAAUUGCGCGGUACCAGGAGGCCUUUUUUGAUAAGGAUUAUAUCACAAAGCACCCUGGAGACGCAGAGAAGAUCACCCAGCUGAAGGAACUCAUGCAGGAACAGGUACAUGUCCUAGGAGUGGGUCUGGCAGUCCAUGAGAAAUUUGUACACCCUGAAAUGCGUCCCCUGCAUAAGAAACUGAUAGAUCAGUUCCAGAUGAUGCGAUCCAGCCUGUACCACGAGUUACCUGGUUUGGAUAAGCUGAGCCCGGCCUGUUCCGGCUCCAGCACCCCCCGCAGCAACGUGCUGGUGUCCCACGGCCCCAUGAGCCCAGAGAGCAUGAAGCUGGUGCAUCGACACAGCCCACUGAACAUGCUUGGUUCAGUCCGACACUCCUCAUCGUCUCUGUCAUCGCACACCUCCAGUGAAACAGGAAACCUGGUUAUCCUGACAGACAGUUCUGUGGGGGAGACUGCUGAGGAUAUGUACCACAUGCAGGCUAGUCCUUCCACCUCCAGCCUGAGCUCCACUCACUCGGCACCAUCCCAGAUGAUUAACUCUGCCCCUUCCAGUGCUCGAGGCUCUCCCUCUCUACCAGAUAAGUACCGCCACUCUCGGGAGAUGAUGAUGUUGCUGCCAGCGCACCGGGACCGACCGAGCAGCGCCAUGUAUCCCGCAGCUAUCAUGGAAAAUGGACAGCCUCCAAAUUUCCAGCGCGCCUUGAUCCAGCAAAUGAUUGGACCAUGCAAACCUUGCAGUGAUCCCAACCUGUCAGUGGCUGAGAAAGCUGUGCCAGCAGCACCCAGUAGCUGGAGCCUGGACAGUGGAAGCCGAGAGGCACUGCCAUUCCUGUCUGCCCAUGCUGGGAGCAUCCUGGCCCCACCAGUGCCUCCCCGAAGCCUUCCCCAUGGACACUACUCACUGCACUUUGAUGCCUUCCACCACCAGCUCAGUGAUGCUCCCCCGGCACUGCCCGCACGAACGUUGCGCAAGUCCCCUCUUCAUCCUAUCCCUGCAUCGCCCACCAGUCCGCAGUCUGGUCUAGAUGGCAGUAACUCCACUUUAUCCGGCAGUGCCAGCAGUGGUGUCUCUUCCUUGAGCGAGAGCAAUUUUGGACAUUCUUCUGAACCACCUCCUCGCACAGACACCAUGGAUUCUGUGCCCAGCCAGGCCUGGAACACUGAUGAAGAUCUAGAGACACCCUACCUCCCGGUCAGGUACAGUCUCUCUGAGCCUGAUGUCCUGGAGUCGCUCAAAUCCCAGCCAUGCCGAAGCCACUCUGCUCCAUCUGGAGUCAUUCCUCAGGACACCAUGGACCCUCCUGCUUUACCCCCCAAACCUUACCACUCCCGGCUGCCAAACAUGGAGAACGAGGAGGGGAUGAUAAUUGAAGAUGAUGACAAACACCGCCCGUUGCAUCGUAAGGUGUCCCAACCAGUGAGUGGUGGAAAGGAAGAGCAGGCCAGGGUGGCAUGGGAGCACGGCAUCAGCGAGCAGUAGGGACAGCUCCUGGUACGAAGCUGGCAUUGGCAUUCCAGGCCUGGAUAGACAGAGAGAGAACAGGACUCGGAGAACAGCAAACUGAUUUUCUACUGCCGCAAGGUUAUGUCUGAAGCCCAAAAAAGCAAUUGGGCCAGCAUGGCAGGUUGCUGCUUUCCUUUUUAAUUUCUUUUUACACCUUUCCGUUAUGUUUUUUAACUUUCUGUGCAGUGGACAGUUUAUUCCUUCUGCAGUUUCUUAACCACAUCAUACGGCAUAUGAGCCAUAGAGACUUGCAGAAGCUGAAAAAUACAAUUUUAAGUGGAGGGGAAAAUGGGGGGAAUGUGGCAAGUUGAUUUUGAACCUGCUUUCCUCCCAGUUCUGAGACGCACAUGAGUAAAAGCAGUUGCACUAGGAACAUAUUUCUUUGCUGUACAGAAUUGAAAGCUCAUUGCUGAAAUCAGGGAUUCUAUGAACUGUCAGGCUGGAAGGUGCGUGAGCUGCAGGCAGUGGAAAGAUGGCAAUUCUAAGAAGAAAUUGGCUCUUUUGAGAGCAGGAUUGUACAUAUCUGUGCAGUGAUCUCCCUGCAUUGGUUCAUAGGUGCUGAGGCAAUCUAAGCAGUGCUGAUGCACUGAUCUCCAAGAUAUCAUUUCCAACAAACUCUGCCUCCUUUGUUUUUUAUGUACUGUUUCAUUUCUUAAAUUUUGCUUUCACUGGCUAAGCCAACCUGCUUUCUCAUGGGAAUUGUGUUAUUCAUCUGUGCUACAGAAUGAGAGGAGGUUGGUGGCUACUGGAGCUACAACCUCAUUGUAGGCCUUUCCCAUGCCCAGCUUUGGGCAGGCUGUUGACACCAGCAUUUCUAUUCCAGAUUGAAACAAAACCAACCAAAUUGAGUUUCUCAUGCCACAAGCUGGUUGAUGACCCAGCCAGUAAAGAAAAAGUGGCUUAAAUGCAUCAUAUCCAACAAUCCUUGCCUCAGGGCUGAACAUCAUAAUUCUCACCAACUUCCAUCACCCAGGAGCUGAGAUUCAUUCUGUUAAGUCAGUAUCCUCAGUCCCUCCCAACAACUCACUGCAGCUGGUGUGCAGAAAGAAUCUCCCAUCUCUCAGAGCAGACAGGAAACACCAAGACUCGAGCAAUGCCCGGUAUCAAGUGUACACCCCAGAGUCAGGGACCUUAAAGGCAACCUGUAAAGAACAAGUGGUUUUUUCCUCUUUUGCUUCUUUAGAAUGCGUAGUAAGAGCUGCUGCUUCUCUGUUGAAGGUUGAUUUCUUUUUCCUUUUCUCCUCAGGCAGCAAUACAGCCUUUCCCCAUCCCAUGACUUAUUGAUAAGCUCUAGAAAGGGCUGAAGAACACUGAGGGGGGACACCAAGCUGCACCACACAAACCAGAACUGUGCAGAACUGAAGACAGUACAGGUCUAUGAACACAAAACAUGCCUUUUAAUCAGUACUUGCACAGUUCAGGAGAAAAAAAAAUCCGUGGUUAAUAUUGUUCUCUACAAAGAAAAUAUCUUGGUUCUAGGAAAGCUAUUAUUGUUAUUUUCAUACUUUUCAAGAAAAUUUCAAUUUAAAAAUAGUAUCAAAUAUUUAAUGUUUUUAGAUGAACUUAGAUGAACAAGCCACCUUCCUUUCCCUUGCCACACCCACACCCAUUUUAGCCUUCCUUAUAAUCCUUUCACCUGCAGACUGCAAAGCACACUCCAUAGGAUGGAAACAACCCUCCCUCUUUCCAACCACUGACAAAUCUGAAGCACAUUCAAAUAAAACCUCCACCAUAUAAAUUAGUGCCAGAAACAGGAACAGCACUCAACUUACUUCUUGAAUUCUUGCCUAACUGUUCUGUUUCUCCUGCUAAAAACAGCAUAAAGAAGCAAAAAAGGAUUAUAAAUUUUUUACAGGUCACCUUUAGCACUACCUCUAAAUACAGUGACUGGGCAGAGUACAUGGUUUCUGAACUAGCUAAAGAUGGUCUGGCUGUAUAAAGUCUGGACUCAGCAGUUGUAUGAAGGGGACUUUAAGAGGAUUUGUUUGUUUUCUUUCUCAAGCUCUAGCCCAUGCAAAACUACUAAGUUACGGAUUUGUUUCUUAAAUGGCCUAUUUGGCUGGAACAAAGUCUCUCUUGCUUCCUCUAUUUUGUUACUAACACAGGCUGCUUGUAAUCAUUAUAUCCUUCACAAUUUAAACAAUGAUAAUAAAAUCUGGCCUAUGGUGGAUGUUUCAUCUUUAGCAGGAAGGAGAGUUUUCCAAUGCUAGGACAGUCUUCAGUGUUAACAAAUCAAGCUGCAUCUCUGGUAUAUAACAAAUGUAGGAAAACAACUGAUGUUUUCAGUAAAGGUAAGUCAAGGUAAUUCCUUAGAAAAGGGUGAAAUGUUUUCACAUAUGCUAUCCUCCAAUCCCACUGAGACUCCUCCAGUGAAGUUCUUAAAAGAACUAAGUUAUAAUUCCAUCUCCCUUGCCCCAGUUUCUUUUUUUUUUUCCUGGCAGCAAGACUGAAAGUAGGAAAUGUAGUGACUUACCAAGCUUCCUUAAUGUGAAAAACCAGCAGGUCGUGCAAAUAAAACUUUGCAGAACCAAGAAUGCAAUUACCAUGGGACUGAGUCCCAGUCAGCUGGAAAACCUGCCCACCAGAGCUCUAAUCUGAAAAUGCAUCAUCCUGAUCUGGUUAGAGACCUGGUACAACAGCAGUGAGUCCAUUUGGGGAGUCUGGCAUUCCUAUGUAUUUGUAAGGGUUCAAAGAUCAAUCAGGUGAUGUAUACAAAUACCUAAUAUAUUGCAGGUCCACAUUAAAGAAGGGUGGAAUAAAUUGCUGAAUUUAACAAAUUGGAGCCUCUCUGGAGUUAAAUUUCUGUUAUUGUUCUGAUAUCUACCAAGUAUUCUGCCUCCCUUUUCAGUGUUUGCCUUAAAGGGAGCAGAAGAUAGAAAGACUAUUAUUAAGAUUUUGUGAAUUUUGGAACUCAUAUUGCCUGGAACUACUAUUUCUCUGUAGGGUGAGGUGUCUUUUAGCAUAGUACAACUCCAACGUCAAGCUCAGUCCUGGAGUAGGUGGAAUCAACAGCAGUUGUUGCACUUGCCCAACAGGAUUUGAAGAUUCCUUGUAUAAACCACAGCAACGGGAUGUGUUGAACAGGACCUUGACAUUCUAUACCUAACUCUAAUUCAAACCUCAGUGUACUUGCCUUCAUUGGGUUUUCUUUGCAUAACAAAAUAGCAUGUGCAUUCCAGAGAAAAAUUGGUGGAAUUCUGCUAUAAAUCUCUCCAUUGUCAGUGUACCUGCUGGCCCCAUCUGAAACAAAACUGAGAAGGAGCUACAGUGCUAGAAGAAAAGCAUUUAAAACAAUUUCUCUGAAUCCUACUUUUUUUUUCCCCCCCCAGUAGUUGGGUUGGUUUUAUUGCUGUAUGCAAGGUUCAGAUCCUUUUUUUGUAUUUUCCUCUGUUUGGUUUUUAGCUUACUUACCCUUUUUUAGGUAAGGGAUAUUGCAUAUCCCUUCUGUGGGAGUAUCAGCCAAAACUGGGGAGGCUGGAGAGAGCAAGAGCCUUUGGGAAACAAAUUAUGUGGUAUUUAAAAUUUCCUCUGGUCAUGCUUCUUUGUAAAUACCCCCAUUUGAAUGCUGUGUAUUUGUACAGGAAAUUGAGCAAAAAAUGUAUAGAUUGUGAUGUCUGACUGGUAUUCUGCCCUGUAAAUGUGUUUUUAACCUCUGGCAUUCUGUGCUUAUUUAAAAAAAAAAAAAAAAAAAAGGCAAAAACCUCUAACCACUUCUCUUUUGUGUAUUCAUGUUUAAAAUAAAAUGAAAACAGCUAUCUUAUCUAUAAUGGAAAUCAAAUUCAAAAGGAAAAAAUUAAUUUGUACAAGUGUCCUAAAGGUACUUCAUUGUAUAUAUUGUGAUAGCAUGUUUCCAGAACCAACAAAUAAGUGGUGUGAAUUUUAGAUGUAAAUAUCUGCCGUUUGUUUUGGGUUCCUUUCCCUUACCCAUUCACUCGACUGCUGUGAUGUGAAAUUAAAGAUUAAUACCUGAUAUUAAAACAG